GUUUGGGACUGGGGAUGCUCCCCAUCUUCUGACUCCCCAGUAGGCGAAACCUAAUUGCGCUGGCUUGUUGAUGCGAAUGUAGCUGCCCGGUCGCUAUGCCGUCCGCCCAGCAGUGACAUUGGAAUUUGUUGACAGCGGAGUCUGGAGGAUGCCUGAAAUCUGAUGCCCUCAUGAUUCAGGAAGGAUAGCUAAAAAGGAAGGCAGCCAUCUAUUCAGAUUUUUGUAUGCUGAUCAACACCGACCAAGAUGGCAUCUGACAGCCCAGACUCACUCUUGAGCAUUUGUACUGACUUCUGCCUCCGUAACUUAAAGGGUACCCUCUGCUACCUCCUAGACAAUGAAAUCCUUCGCUUGCACCCAGACAUCUUUCUGCCCAGUGAGAUCUGUGACAGGCUUGUGAAUGAAUACAUUGAGUUGGUUAAUGCUGACAGCAGCUUUGAGCCUCACGACAGUUUUUUCACUCUCUUCUCGGAGCCACAAAGCACACGGCUCACGCGCCUCCACCUGCGAGAAGACAUUGUUCAAGAUCACGAUUUGGAAGCCCUAAGGAAACAAGACCUGGUUGAGCUCUACCUUACUAACUGUGAAAGGCUAACGGCAAAGAGCUUACAGACACUGGCAAACUUCCGCCAAACCCUCGUGUCCCUCAGCCUUUUUGGAUGUAGCAACAUAUUCUAUGAGGAGGAGAGCCUGGGGGGUUAUGAUGAGACUGACCGCUUGGUAAACCCCACUAGGCAGGUCCUUGUCAGGGACUUUACAUUCCAAGGAUUCCAGCACCUGCGCUUCCUCAACCUCGGGUGCAUCACCAAAGUGGUGGAUGUGGAACAGAUGCUGUGCCCCCUCAUCUGCUUGAAAGCCCUGAACCUCUCUGGAAUCCAGCUGAAUGAUAUUGGCUUCCUUACACAGUGGAAGGACAGUCUGGUGUCUCUAGUCUUGUACAAUAUGGACCUGUCUGAGGAACACAUCCGGGUCAUAGUGCAGCUACACAAACUGAAGCAUCUGGAUAUCUCCCGUGACAAGCAUUCCAGCUACUACAAAUUCAAGCUGACCCGCAAAGUUCUGUGCCUGUUUGUACAAAAUCUCGACGAGCUUGUUUCUUUGGAUAUCUCUGGGCACCUGACCCUGGAGAAUUGUGCUGUCUCGAAAAUGGAUGAGGAGCUCGGACCUCCCAGCAACAAUCCCACAAAAAGCAGCAUCAGUCCCUUCCGUGCAAUGAAAAGGCCCCUGCAGUUCUUGGGCUUGUUUGAAACAUCUCUGUGUCAUCUGACACACAUCCCAGCCUACAAGGUGAGCGGGGACAAGAAUGAAGAGCAAGUCCUGAAUGCAAUAGAGGCCUACACAGAGCAUCGUCCUGAGAUUACCUCCCGUGCUAUCAAUCUGCUCUUUGACAUUGCCCGUAUUGAGCGAUGUCACCAGCCACUAAGAGCCCUGCAGUUGGUCAUCGCUGCUCUGAAGUGUCACAAGUACGACAAAACCAUCCAGGUGACAGGGAGUGCCGCCCUUUUCUACCUGACAAACUCCGAUUACCGCAGCGAGCAAAGCGUCCGCUUAAGACAGCAGGUCAUCCAAGUCGUGCUAAACGGCAUGGAGUCAUAUCAGGAAGUGACGGUGCAGAGAAACUGUUGCCUCACCCUGUGCAAUUUCAGCAUCCCGGAAGAACUAGAGUUCCAAUACCAAAGGGUCAAUGAACUGCUGCUCAACAUACUGAUCCCUACGAGGCAGGAUGAGUCCAUCCAGCGCAUUGCUGUGCAUCUCUGCAACGCCUUGGUCUGCCAGGUGGACAAUGACCAUAAGGAGGCUGUUGGCAAGAUGGGCUUUGUCAUGACAAUGCUUAAACUAAUACAGAAGAAACUGCAGGAUAAGAUGUGCGAUCAGGUGAUGGAGUUCUCCUGGAGCGCCUUGUGGAAUAUUACUGACGAAACUCCAGACAACUGUGAGAUGUUCCUUAACUACAAUGGCAUGAAGCUGUUUUUGGAGUGCCUCAAAGAAUUCCCAGAAAAGCAAGAGCUGCACCGAAACAUGCUGGGACUUCUGGGAAAUGUAGCAGAGGUGCGUGAACUCCGUCCUCAGCUGAUGACAUCGCAGUUCAUCACAGUUUUCAGUAACCUCCUGGACAGCAAAGCAGAUGGGAUAGAGGUGUCGUACAACGCCUGCGGGGUGCUGUCUCACAUCAUGUUCGAUGGGCCUCAAGCCUGGUUCAAUGCUGAGCCGACCCGACAAGAGGUGCAUGAACGGAUGUGGAGUGCAAUCUGCAGCUGGGACAUCAGCUCAAGACGAAAUAUUAACUACAGGUCUUUUGAACCAAUUCUCCGCCUCCUCCCUCAGAGCGUUUCCCCUGUCAGUCAGCACUGGGCAACCUGGGCCUUGUAUAACCUGGUGUCUGUGUACCCGGAAAAAUACUGCCCCCUGCUGAUCAAAGAAGGAGGGCUCCCUCUCCUCACGGACUUGAUCAAUAUGCAUUCUGCCCAUGAGGAAACCAAGGACAUGGCAAGGAAAGUCCUUGAACAUUGUGGUAAUUAUAAUGAAGACACCAUGGACACAUCACUAUAGGAAGACGUUGGCACGGCUGUUUCACUUGCUUCUUAUCAGCGUGGAGGAGCCCCGUAUGUUGACAGGAGAGGAGAUCUCCAUCGUUUCAUUCAUUUAUUUGUUGAUUUUUUUUUUUUUAAAGGUUUUUAUUUAUGCAUUUAUAACAUAAAAAAACAUUAAACAAUACAAUAUUGGUUCUA